AAGAAUGUUGAGAUAAAAUUAAAAUGCUUCAACACUCGACAGUUCUUAAAAUCUUUCUUUUAAAUUUCUGGAUAUCAACACAGCAAGAAGGAGUUAACAGUAUCAAGGAUGUAAAAAUAGAUUUUUCUAUGGUUGUAUCAAUAGGAGAAUCUGUAACAAUGGACUGCAAAUUCAACCUGGAAAACGAAUCAUUAUACAGCGUCAAAUUGUAUAAAGGAAGCAAGGAAUUUCUUCAUUUUAUCCCUGAAUUUUCUCCACCCUACAGUGUCUACAAUGUAAAAGGAGUCGACGUCCACAGUACAAACAUGAGUCUGGACAGACUAAGGUUUGAAUACAGUGGAGAUUCCUUGCAAUCCCUGGUUUCAUUAAACCAUCUCAAGAAUGAAAAGAUUGGGUUUGGCAGUAUCCGUGUGCUGAUGGCACCUGCUAAUCUACUGAGCCAGGGACUGUACGGAUGCGAGGUAUCAGCUGAUUCUCCCUCGUGGGACACGCAAAUAGUUAGAAGACGACUUCAUGUUCUAGUCGAACCCACCACUCAACCUGAGAUAAAUGGGAUUGAAGCUAACUACAAAUCUGGACAAAAUCUUCAUCUUACCUGUAUAUCUAAGGACACGUACCCAGCAGCAAAUAUAACCUGGUAUAUGGCCGGCCGAAAGGUUGAGUCUGCGGGAAGUGAUCAAUUGACUGAAUCAAGUGGAUUGAUCACAACAAGAUCAUACCUAAAUAUAUCUAUCAAUCACUCAACAGAGAUCAAAUGUUUGAGUUCACUCUGGACUCAUCACUACCAGAGUAAAAACUAUGCUCUGCUAGUAAAAGAUCCUCCAGUAGAACCUGUCAAAACAAACCAAACAGAACAUAUUUCACAAGCAAUCAGAGAUCAAAACAGUUCAGGCUCAGGCGUAGAGAUUUCACACUGGAUUAUUCUCUUGUUCUCAUCUAUCAUCCAACACUUGAUAAUUCAACUCAUUCAAUUCCUUAUUCAUCCUGAUUCUGUCAUUCAUCCUAAGAUUCAUCCCAUUCAAGUACAACUGUGAUAACUUAUAGCUGACAUAUAAAGCAAUCGUUUUCAUAGAUUGUUUUUUAAAAAAUUAGGAGAGUCUCAAAAUUCACAAAAAAAAAGCUUUUUCAACGCUGCCAAAGUUUUAAAUUUGCCAAAAAAAUAAAGCAGUAAACGAUUGAUAGUUGUAUGCUAUUUCCCAUUUGUGUCCAUUUCUGAAAAACUGCAUCAAAAAAAGCAAAUUGUAAAUCAUGGUCAUUAAUUUAUUUUUCUGAUAAAAAUAUUGACCUCUUUAUUUAACUGUACUGGUACAUCAAAAAAUUGCAAUUUUCCAAACAUGAUAUCUUUUCAAUUUUUCCCCCUGAAAUAUAUGUUUUUUAAAAAUCGCAAAUACAGUUUUUUACAGAAGAAACAACUUUCUGUUGGAAUCUGUUUUUUUAAUCCCAAAAAUUAACCAACAUUUUCAUGAUUACAAAAUACUUCAGACAGGAGUGUUUAAAACUAUAGAUUCUAAAUUAACUUUUUUAAAGCUGAAUUUUUUAAAAUAAUUCUUAUUUGCAAAUUUUUAAGAAUGACUUAAUACGUUUUAUACAAGAUAUUUUUGUCUAUUACGGGUCAUGCACGAUUGCUACUAACUACAUGUUCUAUUAAUUCGCGUUAGUUGUACUCUUGUUUUUUGUAA